AUGGUUUUCUUGAAGUCUUUGCGGAGCCCAGCGAACAAGUUGGCAGUGCAACCCAGCCCAACGGCUCCAACUCAACCUUCAAAGGAACCCAAGUCCCCAAAGUCGCCAACCCGUCUGUCGUUCGGCAACGAACCUCCUAUCAUGCGGGGUUCGUACGAGGGCCCAUUGCCUCAUCAGAUCUCUCGCGUCCUGAUAACAUGCAGUCCAAAGCGACGCCACGCCGUCUGUCAGGUGUAUUUCAUGAUUUGCCAACUUUUCACGAAAUCGUCCCCGCGGCUUUUACUUGAUUUUACGCUUAUCAUGAAUGGCGCGAACCUGACUUCGGAGCAGAAGCACGCCCUGAUGACGGUUUACAACGAAGCUCAUGCCGACUUGGACGACGAUCCUCCUCCUAAGGUAAGGCGAAGCCUAACGCCUGGACAUCCACGGAGUAGAUCGUCCACGAAUAAUGUCUCAGGGUCUUUGGUUAUGGCCAAGCCUGAAAGUCCCGUUCUUUUGCCACAUUCCGCUCCUCUGCUACCUGCCGUUCCUCCGCUACCUGCCAUUCCUCUACCGCUGUCCCGUGCGGGCACGCCUGCAACACCAAAAACUCUAAUGGCCCUUGCAGACCUCUCUCCAUCGGCGUCGACACGUUCUCUUGUCGAUGUUCCGAUAGAACAGGGUGGAUCAUCCCCCAAGAUGACACAAAUGUCGUCGCGAGGUCCAGGGUACCAUAUUGAAACAUCUAUGAUCCUUACGACUAAAUCCUCUCCUUUUAGCACCCCCCAAAAAGAACCCUCAAUUUCUCAAGACGAUAUACCGCCCUUGUCUUUAUCUGGGGAGGCAAACAAUACUAGAUCACGAUCACCAUUCAAAUUCAUAACCUCAUCAUUCUCGUCUUCAAAGACCCCUGAGCGUUCAAAGAACAGUUCGGUCGUUGUCACCUCAGUUUUCUCCCCCGAUACUCCAGAGCCCACCCUUUCUCAUUCAACAAGUGGGGGAAAGCACAAGGCGUACCUGCGUUUUCUGAAGGCAACAGGGCUUGACCUCACUUGGAAACCGGCUUCAUUCGAUAUCGGUGUGGGUUCCCAAGCCGAGAGCACUUCCUCGCGAAGUGAAGAUGUGUUUGGACACCGUGUGGCCCAAUCGCUACCUUCCAGGGCUGCGGGAAAGGAUUUAGCUAAAUCGUCGAUCCAAGUUGACCUGAGUUCAAAACCAGACACUAACGCUGCGUCAGAGAAAGAAUUACCUUCAUUACCCGAGAAGAGUCCGAGGGCAGAAGGCUUGUCAAAAAGUAAAUCUUUUAAUGGUAGACUAAGUACUCGGGCGUUGGCUCCGAUGGUGAUGCGUUCGCAGUUCCUGACGCUUCCUUCGCAUAUUGGGGCGAAGAAGGACAGACUCCAAGCAUGUUUUUCAUUCAAGUACCCACCUUUCCCGCCGAAAUCAUCGCCUAUCAGCCCGAUACCAACCGCGCAGAGCGACUCCGCCAGUGCUACUAAUUCAGGGCUGUCACUGGGGGACUUUGGUUCCUCAGCGUCAGCAACCACACCCACAUCUGCUGUCCAAGAAGUUUCGUACACCCCACAAAAUGCUACCGAUGGCUGGGCGUCAGCGGCAACUUUGCCCUCUUCUUUUCUGAGCAUGUCACAAUCAACCAGAAGAUCCCAAGACGACGACAUUCUGUCCUCAUCCUUUUCGUCUCAAAAGUCGGGUUUUCAUCGACUAACCUCUUCUUCCUCUCUUUCGACCGCUCAAAAGGAUGGUGAGGAAGCGACCUUUCCGGAAUCAGUUGCGGAUUCGGGCUCCACUCUUCUUUCUUCGCCUUCCUCAGGGCAUAAACGGAAACAUACAGGAGGGGAGUCAUCGUCAUCACUUAAAGCACUUUUACCACCCUCUACCCCUCAAACCCGUCCUUCCUCUAAACGCAUUCGAUUCACUCCUCAUCAAAAGCACUGGGAACCAGAUGGAAAUGUUCUCAUUGAGCUGCAAGGCAUACGGUUCAAAUUGCAAAAAAGUCGCUUAGCAAAGAAGAGUCUGUGGUUUAGUGCGAAGUUCAGUGAAAACCCAGGGGAUCUCGACGAGAACGAAGAUGCUAGAGUGUAUUGCAUAGAUGAGGUUGACGUUUCCCUGCCUGAUUUCGAGGCGUUGAUGGAUGCUGUGGAAAACUCAAUAACUUUCAUGUAUGAUAAGCCUUCCUUUGAGGUUAUAUCUGGUAUUCUUCGCGCAGCUACUGCGCUCUCUUUCCCAGAUUUUGCAACGUGGGCAAGGCGAAGUCUUGAAGAGACCUGGCCAUCUUCCAUCGAAUCUUUAUCUACGACUUACACCUCCGCCUUCGCCAUAGAGACCGUGGUGUUGGCAAGGGAUCGGCAAGUUCCUGAUAUUGUCAAGCGUGCCAUAUACGAGCUCGUCCGAACGCAAGAUUUCGUGAGAGAGUUUCGCCAAAAAGGUGAAGAUGCUAUAGGCAAAUCCAGUGCCACCCUUUCGCUUUCCGAGUUCAUGGCCAUCGUGGAAGUACGGGAGUUGUUUUCGUCGUUGUGGACAUCAUUUGCCCUUUCACCUAUGGACCCAUCGCAGUACUGUCAGCCGUCUGCUUCGACAGCACCCAGCAGUUCUAGAUGUGCUGCCGGUAAUCCCACAUCACAUCUCAUCGCGCAUGCUAAGCUCGUUCAUUUUUCUGGAAUUCUGGAAGCAUAUCAGCUGGAUCCCAUUUCUGGAUUACAAGCCCUCAUAGAUGCUCCGUGGAAGGAGGAGGGUGUCUGCGCUGAGUGUGUUAGCUCGUGGAAGGAUGUGUGGGGGAAGGCAAGACAAGAAAUCUGGACUGAACUAGAAGGAUUGUUCGGCUUGGUGGAGGCGUAA